CAGGAGAGAGGAGGCUUCUCAGGCCUUCAGGAUGCUGAUCCCUGCCUCCUGGCCCCGCCCUCCCCCCUGCCUGCUGCUGGCUCUGCUGCUGGGCCUCACAGGAGGGGCAGGUGAGGAGCUGCAGGUGAUUCAGCCUGAGAAGUCAGUGGCACUGACAGCUGGAGAGACGGCCACUCUGAGCUGCAGUGUGACCUCCAUUCUCCCUGUGGGGCCUGUCAUGUGGUUCAGGGGGACAGGGCCAGGCCGGGAGUUAAUCUACAGUCAGAAAGGAGGCCACACCCCCCGAGUAAUAAGUGCUGCAGACACCAUGAGGAGAAACAACACGGACUUUUCCAUCCGCAUCAGCAACAUCACCCCAGCAGACACUGGCACCUACUACUGUGUGAAGUUCUGCAAAUCAGAGCCUAACAACAUGGAGCUCAAGUCUGGAACAGGCACUCGGCUCACCAUGAGUGCCCAACCCUCUCCCCCCGUGGUGUCAGCCCCCACAGGCAGGGCCACACCUGGGCAGACAGUGAGCUUCACCUGCAAGUCCCACGGCUUCUCCCCCAGGAACAUCGUCCUGAGAUGGUUCAAAGAUGGGAAUGAGCUCCCAGCCUCCCAGCCCACUGUGGACCCAGAGGGAGACAGCCCUUCCUACAACAUCUCCAGCACAGCCAGGGUGCGGCUGGCCCGGGAGGAUGUCCGCUCCCAGGUCAUCUGCCAGGUGGACCAUGUCACCCUGAAGGGGGGCCCUCCUCUUUGUUGGACUGCCAACCUGUCUGAGACCAUCCGAGUUUCACCCACCUUGGACAUUACCCAACACACCGUGUCAGAGAAACAGGGGAACAUCUUCAUCUGCCAGGUGAAGAACUUCUACCCCCAGCACCUUCAGCUGAGCUGGUUGGAGAAUGGAAACAUGUCCCUGAACGAAACGCCUUCAACCUGCACAGAGAACAAGGAUGCGACCUUCACCUGGGGGAGCUGGAUCCUGGUGAACUCAUCUGCCCACGGGGAGGCCGUGGUGCUCACAUGUCUGGUGCGGCACGAUGGGCAGCCGGCCAUCAGCAGAAACCUCACCUUGGAGUUCUCUGCUCAGCAGAAGGACAAAGGCCCAGGAGUACCUACUGAUGUCCUUGUAGGGAUUUUCCUGGGCUUCAAAGUGCUGCAGGUGGUUGGUGUCUCUGUCCUCUAUGUCCACAGGAAGUGGAGACCCUGACUGCGUGUCAGGAAGAGGACAGCAUGGAACACAGGAGAGAUGCAGGGAAUGCUUCUUGAAUGAUGAGCAGAUAAUUAAAUGAGAACAUGUUUCUGCAGCCCCAUC